CCGGAGGAAGCUCUGUGCCUGGAGGGGACUCGCCGCCAUCUCAGUUCUCGGCCUCACGGGGCCCACCAGAGAGAGCUGAGGUCCUGUCCUAUAAUCCUUAUGGGGGACCAACCUUGUGCCUCCGGGAGAUCCACGCUCCCACCUGGAAACACGCGGGAAACCAGACCUCCAAAAAAGCGCUGCCUCCUAGCUCCACGGUGGGAUUAUCCAGAGGGAACCCCCGACGGAGGUAGUACCCCUCUCCCCUCCGCACCUUCUCCUGCAUCACCCGGCCUGAAGUCGCACCCUCCUCCUCCGGAGAAGUAGUAGAAUAUACUUCUCCCACACCAAACCAGUCUCUGAGGGAUUGCAGAAUGACUCCAUUUCCUUGGUGCAUUCAUAAAAUGGUUCACCCUGUGAUGACGAUGAAGACUAUUGACAAUGCUGCCCUGAUUUUUCUGAUGCCCUGCACCAGGACCUUUGUCACAUGCUAAGUCCCAGUGACUCAGACCAAGUUCAGUAUGUGUUGUGCACAUGCCCUGAAAUCUGAUACCAGCACUAUGUUAAAUUCUCGUGAUAAUCAGCGUAAUUUCACCUCCUGAUUUGGAUGAAUUAUGGGACACAACCAAGAUCAGACUGUAGACGUCUAAGACUGAAGGCCAUGGCAUGGAUCCUAGUGAACUCACCAGGGCAAAUAAACCCUGUGAGAUGGUCCUGCAGCAGCCAAUCAAUGCUCUUUUGUGAUGCCCUGCCCCUGCCAUGUAAUUUUGAAUUUCUGUAAAUCCAUUAAGGUCCUAAUAAAUUUUGUCUUUCAUUGCUGUCUUAGUUCUAUAUGACUACAAGCUAAGAAACUGAAUUUUUA